AUGGCGGUGGUUACCUCCAUCCCCCAACCUUCGCCUUGGCCAACGGUGUUCCACGCAUACAUGCUCAAGAACCGCAGCGGCCAGUUGCGCCACACAGAUCUUUUCUACGACUGGCCCGGCGGCGGCAAUCUCCACAUAGACAGGAGCCCCGGGGAAGCACCCUUUUAUGACAACGAGCGCCAAAACGGCAGCACGUGCGAGACUGUCAUAGAGAUGGGCGUGGGACUGUUGCCUCCAAACUGGCUCGAGGAUGCCAGCUAUCAUGGGAAGCAAGCCGCAACUCGUCGACAGGCAGAGUCAGAGAUAUCUUUCGCAAAAAGGCUUGCAGUACUAUCUGCGUUGGCAGCCACAACCUUCGCAGAGCGACCCGGAGGUUAUCGACGGAUGACGGAAGCCCUCGUAGAAUCGAAGCUCGAAGAGGCCGCCAAGGCUAGCAUCUCCGACCCCAGUAGUCGAUUUGAGAGCGUGCCCGAAGUCGCCUUUGCGCGUCGACAGGGUGUUGACUGGAGAGUGUUCGACCUCUGCGCAUUAAAGAUCGUUGGACAAGACCACCGUCGACGGGAACCAGUCAGUCCUCCCGAGUUGGAGAUCGAUUGGGCCGACAUCGCCCGACGGGGAUGUUGCAUUGCAUCCGAGACGAACCGGAGCAGACUUUACGCCUUCGAUGCGGAAGCAGUAGGAAAAAGGACCGCCGACAGCAACUGCGCCAAAGGGGCAUCCAUGUUCCAAACGCGCUCUUUUAUGAGCGGGACCAAGCCGGAGGUAUGCACGCCGCUGAAGAAUGAAGGCACCUUCUUCUCGGCCGAAGUGUGCAUUGGCACACCAGCUCAGUGCUUCGAUGCCGUCGCCGAUACUGGCAGCGACAACGUCAUUGUGCCAUCCUGCGUUUGUGAUGAAAUGCAGGGCACUGGCUGCGGCAGACAUGAGCGAUGUUUUCGCGGAACGAACCGGUCAACAACCUUUUCUAUCCCACAAAACCCCAAGAUUGCAGAGUUGACCUUCGGCAGCGGCACGAUUCAGGCUGCUGUGGCCAGCGACGUCGUCAGCGUUUCAACCAUCACCGCCAACAUGACAGAUGGCUUGCUACUGAUUCUCAACCGAGCAGCUCUGGAGGUGGAAGGCGAGUUUCAGGGCAUUCUGGGGCUUGGCCUACCUCACCGACAGCAGCUCGAAGCAGCUGGUUCGACAGUCAUGACCAAGAUCCAAGACCCCUACUACUCAGGAAUCGUGCAAGCCCUUGUUUGCUUGCUUUUUCCUCAGUUGUGUGCCGCUACCGUUCCUUACCAACCAGAGAUGCAGGCAGCGUAUAAUGAAAAGCUGUUCCUGGAGCUGGCAGCAGUCGAUCGCUUUUCCAUGUGCUUUCAAGAUGCGGAGCGCCCAGGGGCACUGCGAUUCCACGUCCCUCCGCUGCAGCGACCCAUUCAACAGAUUGGAAAGCUUCACUGGGGAAUUGGCUUCCAAGGUUUGUCAAUUGGCCAUCGCGGUGGACCCGCAGAUGCAGACGUGCUCUUCUGUGGGCCCGAGACGAUGAAGGGCGCUAUGACCAGUCCCUGCGGCAUCAUCCCUGAUUCCGGCACCACAUUGAUCAAUGGCCCGGGGGAGCAGGUUAAACACUUGCAGGCACAGCUUUGCAGCAAAUGGCCCAGGUGCCGGCAACACGCGCAGGGAAGCCCCACCGCGCUUGACUUUGGCAUGGUUCUCCAGAAUUGUUCAAGCUGGCUUCACGAGUUCGGACUGGGCGAGGUUCCGUCGAUUUUCUUCCACAUUAAGGUGGCCGAAGAGCGUAUUGAGACAUUCGAGUUGACCUCCUGGGCAUGGGUGACCGAAACCAUUGUUGGCAACAAAUCCGUAUGUAUGCCAGCCUUUGGGGAGAUGGAUUACUACACUGUGGAGAAUGGUCCCGUGUGGAUUCUAGGCACUCCACUUUUUUACGAAUAUACGGUGGGCUAUGAUCUGCGUUCCAGACAAGUAUCGCUGGAUGCAGGCGCAUGUCAGCCCUGUUCCUCCGAAGCACUGCUCCUGGCUGAGCCCACAUCGCGCAUCUUGCCGAGGAGGCAGCAAGGUGUACCCCGGAUGAGGAACUGGGAUCUCACACGACCUUUGUGA